AUGCCGUCUUCAAUUACUUUUCUCACUAUUUUCCUAGCUAUUUUUGUCUGCUAUUCUGAAGCAUGUCCAGGAUUAUUCGGAAUGGGAGGAGGUGGCGGAGGAUGUGGAUGUAUGCCACCAGCUCCACCACCACCAAUGUGUGGAUGUGGUGGAAGAAAGAAAAGAUCACUUCCAGAAAAACCAACAUUCUAUGGAAUUGCUGGAAAGGAUCAGGAUGUUCUUUGUAAUACUCCGGAAUUGAAAGAGAUUAUCAGACAGGUACUGUAGUCUUUUUUGAUGUUUCCAUAGAAGAUUCUAAAAUUUAGAACAUGAAACCUGAUCAAGUCGAUUCUUCAAAAGCUCUUCAAAAUGCUCUCGAGGCUAAAAAAUUGCAAAGAUAUAUUGUCGUUUGUUCCGAACAUCCAUUUGUUUAUACAACUCGGAUCGAUACUGCUUACUGUGGAGAGAAGAAGUUCAAUCAUUAUUGUCAUGUUUUUGCGAUUUAA